AACAGAGGUAACCAGUUUAGUCAAUGUACAAAUUGGUAGUGUACCAGUGAUGAUAGUCCCAAAUAGUGUCACUGAAUCAGACCAUGGGAUUUCAAGAAGAUCAGCUGCGUUUGACAAAGUGAAAUUAAAAGGAGGAGAAACACCAGCAAGAAGAUCAGAUUCACAAAACCGAAGGAAAAGAUUAAUUAGAAGAGAAUCUAAUGAAGUGACUAGUCCAUCUAUACAUGAAGAAGAUGAAAACAUUCAACAACAACAACAACAACAGAAUUCAACUACUAAACUACGUAAUUCAAUGGAUGAUGUAGAUGGGAAUGAAAGUGGAACUGAAGAUACACCUCUCUUAGGUGGUGGUGGAGAAAGAGAUCAACUUUUACCUGAGAUUAGAAACUGAAACUUGACAUCUUCCUCUUCAACAUCAAUUCCCCUUAUGCUUACCUAUCUGAUUUUGAAUUUCUUUUUUCUUCUUUUUUUUUCAGAUCUGUGUCUUACCUAUAACAAUAUAAUAAAUUUUUUUACCCUUUUUGUUUGUUCGUUUGUUUGUUUGUUUGUUUGUUUGUUUGCAAGUGAUAUGUAUUCCAUUUUUUUGAAAGACUUUUUAAAUCUAUAUUUUUAAGUUGAUCAGUAAUCCCCCUUCAAAAAAAAUUGUAUUUUGAUAAAGUUUAAAUAAAAAGAACACCUAAAAAAAGCUUGUGAUGUAAAGAAGAAUUUUGUUUUCUGAUUUUCUAUUUGUUUUGAUGUUUUAUUAUUAAUGGUUUCAGUUUGGUUGAAAAAAGAACCAAUAAUGAAGAUUUGUUUUGAAAUCAAACUCUUUUUGAUGAACUUGAC